ACGCCCCCUUGGCUUGCCGGAACCACCCUCCUGCUUCCGUUGGCGUCACUUCCACGGGGAGGGGCGUGGCCGCGGUGCGCAGGCGCGCUGGGUAGUUCAGAAGUGAAUUCUGCACCGCGAAGCCUGAGAGGCAGGUAGCUGCGGCGCUGGGCUGGUGGCGGCGAGUCCACGUGCUCCCCGCGGCCGGUUGAAACCGUUGGCGGACGCUGGCUGAGAGGCAAUGUUUGCUGUCUUCCAUUGGAGGGACUGAAUUUCCACAUGACGGCUUUUUGACAAGACUUAAAACCUGUCUUGGAUAGAGAAUAUUUAGCCAUUUACCUAAAAAUGGUAUUUUUUACAUGCAAUGCAUGUGGUGAAUCAGUGAAGAAAAUACAAGUGGAAAAGCAUGUGUCUGUUUGCAGAAACUGUGAAUGCCUUUCUUGCAUUGACUGCGGUAAAGAUUUCUGGGGCGAUGACUAUAAAAAUCACGUGAAAUGCAUAAGUGAAGAUCAGAAGUAUGGUGGCAAAGGCUAUGAAGGUAAAACCCACAAAGGCGACAUUAAACAGCAGGCGUGGAUUCAGAAAAUUACUGAAUUAAUAAAGAGACCCAACGUCAGCCCCAAAGUGAGAGAACUUUUAGAGCAAAUUAGUGCUUUUGACAACGUUCCCAGGAAAAAGGCGAAACUGCAGAAUUGGAUGAAGAACAGUUUAAAAGUUCAUAAUGAAUCCAUUCUGGACCAGGUGUGGAAUAUCUUUUCUGAAGCUUCCAACAGUGAGCCAGUCAAUAAGGAACAGGAUCAACAGCCACUCCACCCAGUGGCAAAUCCACAUGCAGAAAUCUCCACCAAGGUUCCAGCCUCCAAAGUGAAAGAUGCCGUGGAACAGCAAGGGGAGGUGAAGAAGAAUAAAAGAGAAAGAAAGGAAGAACGGCAGAAGAAAAGGAAAAGAGAAAAGAAAGAACUAAAAUUAGAAAACCACCAGGAAAACUCAAGGAAUCAGAAGCCUAAGAAGCGCAAAAAGGGACAGGAGGCUGACCUUGAGGCUGGUGGGGAGGAAGUCCCUGAGGCCAACAGCUCUGCAGGGAAGAGGAGCAAGAAGAAGAAGCAGCGCAAGGACAGCACCAGUGAGGAAGAGGCACACGUGGGCGCAGGGAAGAGGAAGCGGAGGCACUCGGAAGUUGAAACAGAUUCUAAGAAGAAAAAGAUGAAGCUCCCAGAGCAUCCUGAGGGUGGAGAACCAGAAGACGAUGAGGCUCCUGCAAAAGGUAAAUUCAACUGGAAGGGAACUAUGAAAGCAAUUCUGAAACAGGCCCCAGACAAUGAAAUAACAAUCAAAAAGCUAAGGAAAAAGGUUUUAGCUCAGUACUACACAGUGACAGAUGAGCAUCACAGAUCCGAAGAGGAACUCCUGGUCAUCUUUAACAAGAAAAUCAGCAAGAACCCUACCUUUAAGUUAUUAAAGGACAAAGUCAAGCUUGUGAAAUGAACAUUUGUGUAUUUAAAAAUUGAAUCCAUUUUGCUGACUUCUUCCUUUCACUGCUGUUUAUAAAAUGUGCAAUGAAUUCUAACAACUCAAAUUUUGCUUUUUGAAGCUGUAUUUUUAAGUUAAGAAAAAAUAUAUUUUUGGUAUAACUUUUAUGAGAAAAAUAAAAUAUAUUCUGGCCCAAA